GCGCCGUUCCUCGACGCGGCGACGGCGGCGCGCCUCCAGGCCGCGUCGCUCGUUGCCGCGGCGGGCCUCGUCGCCGCCCGCCCGCGGUUCGUGGGCGGGGCGACAAAGCGUGCGGAUGCGACGGGCGCAGUUGCGGGCGCUGCUGCCUUUGCUCCUGCGUGCGCGGCCGUCGACGGGCGGGAGCCGCCGGCCGGCGCGGCGCCAGCACAGGCGACGACCGCAACCAAGCCGGACGGCGCGGCCGCGCCUCCAUCCGUGGACGCGGCGAUUCCAGACGACGUCCCAGUACCGCAGCAGAGAGUCGAAACGGCGAGCGCGCAGGCUGCUGUCCCCGAGACGGCAGCCUCGCCAGCGAUGCUCACCGAUGAGGCGCGCGUUGAAAGUGCGGCCCGGCCACGCGAUGAGGCCGCAACAGACGCGAAGACCCCGCCCGCACCCACAAAGUCUCAACCAAGUGCAUGGACGGCGGCGGCAUCGCCUGCGAUUGCGCCGCCGCACGCGGCUGAGAACGUGUGGGCGGCUGCGGUGGCUGACACGCUAGCGCCAGUGGUCCCGCCACCGACACCGACGCCUGCGCCGCUCUGGCGCGGCAUGAUCAACGGCAGCAACGCGUGCUACGUCCACGCCGUCCUCCAAGCCCUCCUCGGGCCGCCGCGCGUGUACUCGGCCCUCGCCCGCCUCUCCACAACCACGCCCGCCCUCUCUCCAGCGGAGACGCCGACGCUCGACGCGUUCGCCUCGCUCGUCCGCGACAUCGAGACGGCCCAACGGGUGGCCGCUGGCGUGGGUGCCGCCGGCGUGGGCGCCGCGUUCGAGCCGGUCUACAUUUACGGCCUCAUCGACGCGUUUGUGGCCGCUGCGCUCGGCGACGCCGACGGCACGCAGACUACGCGGCAGCACGACGCGCACGAGUGGUGGACGUUCCUUCUCUCGUCGCUCGACGACGAGCUCCGCCGGCUCGACGCCGCGCCCGUGGCCGCCGAGCUUUUUGCCGGCACGCUCGUGUCGCAGCUCGCCGGGCCGACCGGCCCGCCGUCGGUCACGCGCCAGCCGUUCCUUGUGCUCAUGCUCGACCUCGACGCGGCGCGGACGCUGACCGACGCGCUGGUGGCGGCGAUGGAGACCGAGUACGUCGAGUACGUCGACGCUGCGAGCGGGACCACGCACACUCUGCGCCGGACGCCCUCGUUCGGCGCCCUCCCGCCCGUCCUCGUCCUCCAGUGCAAGCGCUUUGUCUUCCACCGCGCGCGGCAGGCGCCGACGAAAGUGUCCAAGCGCCUCCCGCUCGCCGAGGAGCUGGAGAUCCCGCGCAACCUCUGCGCGGCGGACGCGGCGGCCACGCCCCGGUCGUACGUCCUCCGCUCGAUCAUCGAGCACCGCGGCGAGUCGACGGGCAACGGGCACUACGUCGCGCACGUCCGGCUCGCGCCCGACUCGUGGCUGCUCCUCGACGACGAGCUCGUGACGGCCCACGCUCAGCCGCAGGCCGACCUCGGCGGCGUGUACCUCCUCGUCUACGAGCGGGAGCACGAUGCGUAG